UCGCGAUUGGGAAAUGAGGACAAAAGAGGUCUCCCAGCACGGUUACGGAAAGUCGCCCACGGAAAGGUCGAGACCCGACUGAGCUCCCCACCACCUGUGGCACCAGCUGGGCUCUGAGUGCGCGGAGCUUGCGGACCUGUCGCGUGCGGCGCCCCCACCCCAGGCCGGCAUGGGUGAAGUCCACGUCAGGUCGCUGCAUUUUUCUCCCAUCCCCAUGGUGUGGACAGUGCCACACACCCUCUGCACAACAACGGCUCUUGCAUGCGUAUUGCAGUGUUUCCUGUGUCAGAGAGGCCGGCAGAGCUGCAGAUGCCCCUGCGCCAGCCCUGAGCUGAGCGAGGAGAGCCCUGCAGAGAUGGUGAAGAUGACCAAGUCCAAAACCUUCCAAGCUUAUCUGCCAAACUGCCACCGGACAUACAGCUGUGUUCACUGCAGAGCCCACCUGGCCAACCACGAUGAGCUCAUCUCCAAGUCCUUUCAGGGAAGUCAGGGACGAGCCUACCUCUUCAAUUCCGUGGUGAACGUGGGCUGCGGCCCCGCGGAGGAGCGGGUCCUGCUCACCGGCCUGCACGCCGUGGCGGACAUCUACUGUGAGAACUGCAAGACCACGCUUGGGUGGAAAUACGAGCACGCCUUUGAGAGCAGUCAGAAGUACAAGGAAGGGAAGUUCAUCAUUGAGCUCGCGCACAUGAUCAAAGACAACGGCUGGGAGUAAAGGGAAACCCCCAUUCCCUCUUGAUGCUGUUUUGCAAAAGAGACGGUCAGUGUAACGGACACGUAGGAGCAGCUGGAUGACAGUGCUGCUUGAACUCGAACCUAGCAGGCUGGCCCCCUCCGGCGACCCCGGGGUAAGUCCCUCCAGCCUGUGUCCUCUUCCUGCCCGUGGUUGUUUCUGAAAUGUUUUAAUGACCUUCUUCUCUCUCAAGUUCUAGAGACUUAAUCGACCGAUGACUUACCGUCUAGUUAAUACCUUCUUUUAACCAAUGCCUUUAAGACAGCUUGGCUUUGCUUUUUCACGUUCGCUAGAAAACCGAACCGAAUCUCCAAAAACCACAGGGAAGGGUCUCUUCGGAGAGCUCGUCUCCCCUUGUUUAGAGUGAAGGUGUGGGAACCACUUCUGUCCUAAUUCACAAAACUACACCUGGCGUAUUCCUCUCGCAGAUGAGUGGUGAGGGUGUGGUGCUUGUGCAGGAAUUCUCCAGAAGCAGUCUAUGAAUCUGGGCACCAAGGGUGGUGGUUAGCCUUGUUCAGAAACAAGACACCACUGGGAACAUUUAGAUAAGCUGUCAAAAGAGAGACGUGUCUCACGUAACCCCUUGUUUAUUUAAGCCGACAGCAGCAGCAGCAGGGUGGCCCCAGGGCUGCGCGCGGGCCGAGGCCCUGCAGGGCUUGGCCACAGGCGCCGGGCACGGGUCCCCGAGUUAAGAGUUUAGCGCACUGGACCGAGUAAACUCGGGUUCCUUUUCUCCUCUGAUGCACUUGAAGAACAAGAAUUAUCUUUCCAUGUGAAAGAGGCCAGAACAGGACACACUUAAGAUUUACCAGAUUGUUUUAAAAUUUUCUUAGGAAAGGUUAGAGUAGCAGGACAGGUCCAACUUAGGAGACCCAGGUUGGUUUGCUCUCUGGGUCCUGGUGCCCCUGGGUCGGUCCUGCGGGCUGGCAGAUGGGCCCCAAGCAGCCUCCUGAACCCCGUGUUCCUGCCACGAUGGAUGGCAGAUGACGUUCCCAUCUGCCCGAGCCUCUGCAGGGAGCCAGCACCGCGCAGGGGUUUUGGUCAAUCUUCAGAGAAUGGAGGCCCAAAAGCGCUCCCCUUAAAGUUUUGAUUUUCCAUGUUCUAACCUGUCUCUGGCCAGUGGGCCUGGCCUGCUGCUCCAGGCAUCAGGGGGCCUUGGGUGUGGUCAUCUUGGCGAGACUCCAGGACCCCAGCGCCGAAGGGCAGGAUGGGCUGGGGAGGCAGGGAGAGGAAGGCAGCGGGCCGGCUCCAGGCAUCUUUCAGACCAGGUGGUCCUGUGGCCGCGAGCACCUGCCCGCCUCCCCGCACCCCACAGCCGGUGCUCUGGCCCAGCCGCUCGCCCAGGCUUGCCUCUGGUGCCAUCUCUGCCUACAGCUCGCAGCCCAGACAGUGGGUGUCCUGGGUGGGGGACAUCCACACUGGGCCAUAGCAGCUCUCGAUGUCCCAGGUUGCCAAGGGAGUGCUCGGCACAGCACCGGCCGCCGAGCUGGGCCCCCACUAUCCAGGCUGUCCCCCCGCCCCCCACGAUCCGCUGUCCCGGCCCCCACACGCAGGCUCCAGGCGGCACCCAGGGGUCAGCCUGAGCCAACCAUGAAGCAGCAGAUGCCUGCGGCCUAGCUGUCUAAACACCCAGAAGGAUGGGCGGGCCCCUUCCCCGAGGAGUGACAUCACUGGAAACGUGGCCGAAGCUGACGUCUCCCCUCUGGCCUGGCUCCUUCCAGCCUCAGUGCCGCGACGGGAUUGGGGGGGGGUGCUUCUCCGAGAGACGCUUCCCUUCCCCCAAGGGACCACCUCAGACUCCUCCGAUUUGAGCACUUUGGUUUUGUUGUCAUGGUGAUGUGUUCACCAGUGGUCCGUGAUGACUUUGGUACUUUUUGUAACUGAUGCCAACAAAAACUCACAACGCUUGUCAGUCUUCUGCAAACUCCAAGCUCCUUCUGAAACCAAAUGAACUGACCACGGGCGGACUUCAGGGAAGGAUACUCAUGAGACCAUACCAGACGUGCUGGUAAAGUGCCAGAAUGUUCCACCCUUUUAAGUUCCUAAACAGUAAAUAUCACCCCAUGACUUUUAUUUAAAUUAUUUAAGAUAUUUUUUUCUUGAGAAGAGUGGCAAUAAAGCCAGGAGUAUAAAUGCAUUUAGUUAAACUACACCGUGUUUUCUGCACAGCACACUGGCUGUAGACACGUGGCUUGGAUCUGCUGCUGCUUUAUAUGUACAUACAGAGUAUUUUUAUACCUUCAUGCUUAUUCUUGAUGGCAUCUGUCAGAUAUCAGGAGGAUUACAAAUGGAAAUUAUUUCAAAAGUCCUUUAAUUAACCUGAUGACCUCACCAGGGACUUACAAAAUCCGAGUGUUUUUAACAUCUAGAAAACUGCAAUCCAAGCUCUAAAAACAACUACAGAAACAUAAACCCUCCUCUGUCAAAGAUGCCGGGCAGUCCUGGCCCCCGCUGUAGGGUGGCGCCACAGGGCUGCAGCCCAGGGUGGCCGGCCUUCCCUCGGGCCAGAUGCCCAGACCAGCCUGUAGGUUUACCCCUCGGAGCAGGACUGCCAAACUCACGUGCAAAGCCUCCUUCCACCCUGUGUCCAGCCCCGGGCCUCUGACUGCGUGAAGUUUACAAAUAAAGCUGCCACUGUCCGAU